AUGCUCACCAAGAUUGUGUCCCUUUGUCUGGCUGGCCUCAGUUGUGUCGCAUCAGCUAGACCUCACCGGCAACCACCACCCCGGCCAUGGUCGACUUUCGGAGAAAAUGUUAUCUUCCAGCCUGACUCUGACCACAGCGUUCUCUAUCCGCGACAAGUGGAACUGUCAGAUGGAACUCUCCUGGCGACAGCCUCGUACAGUGGAGACAAAAUUCCAUAUUUCCCCAUAUUUCGAAGUGCAGAUGGUGGUGCUACCUGGUCCUGGAUCUCCAACAUGACAGACAAGGUCAAUGGACUGGGUAUGGCCGCUCAGCCAGCGUUGGCAGAGUUGCCAUAUGCCGUUGGUGACUUCGCGGCCGGCACGGUCCUGGCUAGUGGAAACAGCUGGGGAGCCAUAGCACGAAUAUCGAUAUAUAUGCCAGUGAAGACAAAGGUUACACAUGGAAGUUCGGUUUUCAACCACACAGUUGGAGUAUUUUACUCUGAUCAGCGUGACCCACAGCAUGGUCAGAAGCUUGCUCAUCAGGAAUCAAUGGAUUUGAAAUCCUGGGGCUCCGUGAUAAAUGAUGUGGCGUAUCUCAACUAUACUGAUCGGCCUGGAAUGACGGUUAUUACAUAUGUUCCACCUUUGGAGAAGUGGAUUCUGGUGCACGAGUUUCCGGGAGGGGAUAGCUGGUCUGGGGAAGGCUAUCCCGUCUACUAUCGAUUGGCUGAGAGCCCGUUUGAUUUUCGCUUUGCCUACGGUUAUCCAAUCGUUGUAGAUGGGGUACAGCCGGGCUCGUCUCCCUAUGUUGUCUGGUCUCCGGUCGGCGGUGUCAAUGGAACUAUCGUCGUCAGUGACGCUGAUCAUAGCAGUGUUUUCACCAACCGAGCCAACGGCCAGCCUGAUCAGUGGGAAAUUCACGCUACACCGCAGCCGGCGGCAUACAGCCGGAGCCUACAUGUCUUUGCAGAGCAUCCUGAUCACUUGAUGAUACUGGGUGCAGGUGUGUUUGGUGGAGCAGGCAAUAUGCCGCUCUCUCUCAGUGUUGUGAGCUUAACUGAUACUUUGAGAGAGCCAGCUGGCAAUUAG